AUCCUCAAAACAUCCAUUUACCUUCUUAUAUAUAUCCCCAAAUGAGUUAACCCACCCCCAUAGUCAACCGCCACAAUCCACCGAGUGAACUCACCACCAUGAAAGGCCACGAUCUCAUCAAUUCCACGCUACCAGACGAGCUGAUCCUCGAAAUCCUCCGCAAUCUCGAUUCCAAAUCCACCAGGGACGCAUGCUCUCUCGUCUGCCGCCGUUGGUUGACUCUCGACCGCUUCAGCCGCGACACCAUCCGCAUCGGAGCCUCCGGCAGCCCCGACGCACUCGUUCACCUCCUCGCUCGCCGCUUCCCUAACGUCACCAACGUUUAUAUCGACGAACGCCUCUCGGUUUCUCUCCCUGUUGAUUUUGGAAGAAGGCGCAAUGCUAGCCAUUCCUCUCCUUCAUGGCUUAGGCUUCACUUUGUGUCUGAGAGAAGUGAGGUUGGAGCUAGUGAAUCAGAUUCAUAUUGUAUUUCAGAUGCUGGCCUGACAGCUGUCGCUGAUGGAUUUAGCAAACUUGAGAAAUUAAGCCUAAUAUGGUGCUCCAAUGCAACAAGUGCAGGCCUCAGAUCUUUAGCUGAGAAGUGUAGAUUCUUGAAAUCCUUGGAUUUGCAGGGCUGCUAUGUUGGAGAUCAAGGUCUAGUGGCUAUUGGCAAGUAUUGCAAGCAACUUGAAGUAUUAAAUUUACGAUUUUGUGAAGGUUUAACUGACACUGGUCUGGUUGAGUUAGCCCUUGGGUGUGGGAAGACUUUAAAAUGGCUUGGUGUUGCUGCAUGUGCUAAAAUAACUGACAUCUCAUUAGAAGCCGUAGGCUCUCAUUGCAGGUCUCUUGAAACCUUGUCAUUAGAUUCAGAAUUUGUCCAGAACGAAGGGGUGCUUGCCGUUGCUAAAGGGUGCUCUCUUCUGAAAAAUCUAAGUUUGCAGUGCAUUAAUGUCACUGAUGAAGCUUUGACUGCUGUUGGUGUCUUUUGUUUGUCACUAGAGUCAUUGGCGCUCUUUAGUUUCCAAAGAUUUACCGAUAAGAGUCUUUGUGCCAUUGGGAAGGGAUGUAAGAAGUUAAAGAGUCUAAUGCUUAGUGAUUGCUAUUUCUUGAGUGACAAGGGAUUAGAAGCAGUUGCAGCUGGUUGCUCUGAACUUGCACAUCUUGAAGUUAAUGGUUGCCACAAUAUUGGCACGUAUGGGCUAGAAAGUAUAGGAAGAUCUUGCAUGCGCCUUAAGGAGUUAGCGUUGUUAUACUGUCAAAAAGUAGGUGAUGAAGCCUUAUCUGAGAUUGGUAAAGGUUGCAAAUAUUUGGAAGCUCUUCACUUAGUGGAUUGCUCAAUCAUUGGGGAUGAUGCCAUUUACAGCAUAGCUACAGGUUGUAGGAAUUUAAAAAGGCUUCAUAUACGCAGAUGUUAUGAGGUUGGGAGCAUGGGGAUUAUAGCUGUUGGUAACAACUGUAAAUACCUUACAGACCUUAGCAUUCGGUUUUGCGACAGGGUAGGGGAUGAAGCUCUGGUUGCUAUUGGCCAAGGUUGUCCCUUUUUACGCCAUUUAAAUGUUAGCGGCUGUCACCAAAUUGGAGAUAAUGGAAUAAUAGCAAUUGCAAGAGGGUGCCCUCAGCUAAGUUAUUUGGAUGUCAGCGUUCUUCAGAAUUUGAGGGACAUAGCAUUGGCAGAGGUAGGUGAAGGAUGCCCAUUGCUAAAAGAUAUAGUACUAUCACAUUGUCGUCAGAUAACCGAUGUGGGUCUAGACCAUCUUGUUAAAAGAUGCAAACUGCUGGAAUCCUGCCACAUGGUCUACUGCCCAGGAAUUACUUCAGCUGGUGUAGCCACAGUGAUUUCCGUCUGCACCAAUAUGAAGAAGGUUUUGAUUGAGAAAGCCAAGGUCAGUGAGCGGACUCAAAGGCGGGCUGGAUCUGUCAUCUCCUACCUCUGUGUUGACUUGUAGACCAAAUGGGUUUGACUAGUCUUUAUCUUUAGGAGUUAUUACUUUGUUUCUGGACUUUGCAAUAUAAUAAGGUGACGAGUGUAUUUCUUUGUAAGUUAUUUACUUCUGUUGUCGCAACAUUAGAGCUUUCGUUUCUGUUGUAAUGUAACGGGACGUCUGAUAUGUGUUUUGGAAUAUAUUGUUGCGUUUUCAAGUUAUGAUUAUCAAUCUUUA